ACGUUUUGUAUUUUUUAUUUUUCGUUUGCGAUGUCAAAACUACAGUUAAAUAGGAAUUCUUCGAAUGAAGUUAAUAUCUAUAUAUAUAAAAUAAUUAAUUGAAUGAAUCGGCUUGUAAUCGCCGGUUCACAGUGGCCGGCUGGCCAGCUAUGGCAAGUGGGGAGGUUAUAUAGCCUUAUGAGACCAAGUGUAUGUCAAAGAACGUUUUCAGGUAAUGUGUAAUGCGUACCCUGGGUGAAGCAUUUUAAUUUUUUUUAAAAUGUUUUUUAUAUGCUUGGGAUUUGUUGCAACUACAGCCUUCAGGGUUAUAUUAUGUCAGAUUUUAUUUGCUUUUAUAGUUUUAUUACUCAGGAUGAUUGAAGCUGGCAGUUGAUUGAUUGUGCUUGCAUCAAUAUGUUAAUUGUGUUUGAACUAGGGUCAGAAAUGACCAUGGUCUUGGAUUACAUUGUUUCAUGUACCACACCUACAUGACCACACCCAAUUGUUGGAAAAUCAGGAUGCCAGGUUGGAAUCCGUGGGUGUUACACUGGAUAUAUCCGGCACAAAGAGUUGAUAUUUACGCCAUUGACGUAAAUCUUAUUAAUAAAAUAAAAAUCUUUGGCAAUUUUGAUGUUUUUGUGUAAUAUUGUGAAGAUUUUUGAAAAUUGAAAGAUUGAUAUUUGAAAUAUUGCAGUGUAUCAACUGCAAUCAAUUUAUUACAGUCAAACCGGAUGUUCUGUUCCCCUGAAUAUUGCAAUAUUGUUGGGAAUAUUGCAAUUUUGAUUGUGAGAUUGCUCUGUGCAAGUUGCAACCGACGUGAUCAAAUUGCAAGUUGAAAUUCACAACCAGAUUUGUAAACAAAGAAGAACCAAUCCAUUUGCUCAGAGUAUUUGAUUGGUUCUUCUUUGCUACUAGUAGUAGCCAAUCAGAGACUUUGUUCACAAAUCUGGUUGUGAAUUUCAACUUGCAAUUUGAUCACGUCGGUUGCAACUUGCUCAGAGCAAUCUCGCAAUCAAAAUUGCAAUAUUCCCAACAAUAUUGCUAUAUUCAGGGGAACAGAACAUGACCGGUUUGACUGUAACCUUGUGUGAAACCUCCAACAUGCAAAAACUUUAUAUUUUUCUCUUGUUUCUCAUGUGACUGGCAUACUGGUGUAAGCAGUCAGUGGCUUAUUGACAUACCCUCCGGUGUAAAAUUGUUACAGAUUCCAACCUGGUCAUGCAUGAUGCGCUUCAAACCCUACAGUAUACAAAUCGUACAGUAUUUUUAUAAUGGUUACCGGUAUCCAAAACGUAAUUUAACAAAUUUUAUUUAGAUCAAUCAAUCAAGUGAGACUGGUUGAAUAUGAUUUAUUCAACUAGUUAAAUUUGUCAAAUGUGCCUGACAGAUGUUAAAGUUCAUUGAAAUAAUUGAAAUGACUGAAAAUAGAGAGAAUGGGUUAAGGGUAAUAGGGUGGUUUCCAACUUCUCCUUAACUCAUCAAUUAUUGUGUUGAUCCCCACCAUACCUGCCUGUUCUUCAUUUCUUACUUUGUCUUGUCAUGUGCACUUCAAAGAAUAAGUGUGAGUAUUUGUGUUUGCUGAAAAAACAUGUGUUAAGUAAAACAAUGUGUUAAGCUGCAUUGACAAUGUGUAGAAAUGAGAGCAUGUCAAGGCAACAACCCCUUUUGGAGGAAAAAUAUGAUUAAACCCCCAUCUCUAGUAAGCAUCCUCUCUUCAUAAUCGAGUUAUAAACUGUAUUUUUGUAAACAUAUUUAAUUGUUAUUCCUUCUCUAUCAAGUCCUCUACAAUAAAAAUUCUCAGGACUCAAACUUGCCUGAAAUAAAUAUGUUAAUGGGGAAUUAGUUACUAGUAUCCAUUGGUAGAUUUAGUUGAUUGUACAUGACAAAAUAAUCUGUAGGAAUUAAAGGAUUCUGUUCGAGUAACAAUUAAAAUGUCAAAAAAUAAUAAUACCUGUAUGUCAAUUUUGUUUUUGUAAAGUUUCUUAGUUACUAGUAAUUAUAAGGAAUACAGUGAUACCAAAGGUUUUACCAAAAUCAAAUAACUGGUGAGGGCGCGAAAUAACGGCCGCUCAACGGACAAUUUCCGGCCAGAAUGCGAAGUUGUCCGGUCAACUGAAUUCUUACCUUGCCGGUCAUUUUGACCGUCACUUUUGGUAAAAGAACAAACUAAUCUUCAUUUGAAUUAAUAAUCAAAAUAAAAUUGUCAAGUAUUAUAAUUAAGAACCACAACAUGUUGUCGAAUAUUUUGCGGGAAAAGAACUUCAAUGUACGCCAGCUUUCCCACGCAGUACGUCACAAAGCCCAUGGCCAUGCUUUUGGUUUAAGAGUUACGGCCAAGCUUUCAGCGCAGUGCAAGCUGUUUUAUGUGAAGGAGUUUUUAAUUACUGAUUACGGUAAGGCUUUUUGUAAUGCUUAAUACUGGGAAAAUAGUCACAUUUUUAGAGGUAUACUUUACCAGGCUUUGCUUAAGCUGAAUAAUUUGACCGGCCAGAAAUUCGGGAUGUCCGAGCUAAAAUUGAGUUGGCCGCGGUCACCUAGCUUGACCGGCAAGCCUCCAGCCGUUAUUUCGCGCCCUGACUGAUCAAGGUUCUAUUGCAUCAUUUUUAGACGAAGCUGUACGUAUUGGGAAUGUCAGGAUCCCGUUGAAGACGCCCAAACAUGUAGAAAAAGUUCCCCUCAAGUAUUGUAAGUUCUAAUUUCAUUUGAAAUAUGAUUCGACAGUGUUUCGUAGCGACCUCGUCAUUUUCAAAGAAAUACAUUAAUUUUAUUAAUUAUAGAUACAGGGACAGGUUCAAAUAAUUCUGAGUCAAUUCUUCAACAUCUCAAAUGGAUCAUGCAAAAGGUAUGUCUAUAGGGUACUAUGUCUAUACUAUAGUCGUGUACAGUUUAGGGACUGGCAUGACCUAGUAGAUGAUCAUUUUGCGAGUAACAUUGCAGCUCAUGCAUCCGAUUAUCAAAGAAGGAUUUCAAUUUUCAAUACUACCGAUAUUAAUUAUUGGGGAUUAGAUAUUGUAAUAGGUACGAAAUAUUUUUGCGACGACUUGACGCUUGCGAUUUGUUGUAGACUUAUUUUUCGUUGUACUCUUGUCUUGUCUUUAGUAAAAAAAAACGAGUUGCAGGCAAGUUGUUUUUUUUACGCUUCAAAAGUCGAGUUUUUUAUUCCAAUUCAACAAUAUUGCAUUUAUUUCAAUUUUUAACAAUAAUUGCAAUGCGAAUCGUUGCGAAAAUAUUCAAGGCAAGUAAAACUAAUUGCGAUUGAGCAAUUUACUGGAUGCAUGCGCUAUAAAUCUAUGAUUGUAAAUAAAUACACUGUAUUAUGUGUUUUGUUAUAGCUGUUCAGUGCAUAUGAGAGUUCAAAUUAAGUCAAUCUCAUCUUGUUUCGCUUUUUUUACUUUUAGGAUGAGUUGGGUCAAGAUAUUUUUCUUAUCGGUCCACCUGGUUCUCUACGUCGAACGCUGGCCAUGCAAUAUGCUG